AUGUUGGCAUUUCUUGCGUCUUAUUUAAAUGAUAAUAUUCUUGUAAUCAUUUGUCAAUUUGUUGGAUCAUAUAUUCCACCAAUUUUAGGUAUUUAUUUGCUUGGAUUUUUUGCACCACGUGUAAAUAGUCGAAAUGUACUUGUUGCAUUUUUAUUGUGUUUGAUAUUUCAAACAUGGAUUCUUAUUGGAGCUAAUCUCACAGCAAAACAACAUAUAGGAAGAAAUGGACGAUUGCCAACAUCUAUUGAAGGAUGUUUGUCAGCAGUUAAUAUCACUCAACCCAUCACUACGAGUCAGAGUUCAAAUAAUCCAUUAUUACCACUUUAUUCAAUAUCUGUAAUGUGGUAUGCUUUCAAUGGUGUUUUUCUAACUAUUAUUUUCAGUUUACUUGGAACAUUUAUUUUUGGUUCAAAUAAUUCGAAAAUGGUAGAUAAAUCAUUAUUGGUACUGUGGAAAAAUGUUUUUUGUCCGUGGUGUUGGACAAACAAAAAAUCUACAGAUGAGGUGUGUGAAUUAGAAAUGCAAACAACCGAACAAGAACGAAUGCUUUAA